AUGUCCGAAGAAGAAGCGGAAAUAUUCUACCACGCGGCCGAAGGAGCACUGAGCGACCUCGAGAAGCACAUCAAGCGAUACCCAAGCUCGUUGCACUGCAAGGAUCACAGGAAUCGCACCCCGCUCUUCCACGCGGCACUGACGGAUCGCGAGAAGAAUGCCCAACUUCUCAUCAAAAAGGGCCUGACGUGGUGGGACGAGGAUUCGACGGGGGCCACGCCCCUCCACUGGGCCGUUCACGCCGGAGCCACGCGCAUUAUUCGGCUCAUCCUCCAUCACCAGCACACGCCUACGGGAAUGCACCCGUGCCUGCAAAAGGAUAAAGAUGGGGUGACGCCAGUCCAUAUUGCCGCCAGAAGACCCUCGGAUAAGGUGUUGAAGAAGGACGUCUACAAGCAGACACCGUUGAUGUGUGCCGCCGGGGUCAGAUUGCCACAGGCUGUAAACGUCGUCCUUCUUCUUGGCCGUCGAAAACCUGUCGCCGUCUCCGCUCGAGCUGUUGAUGGCCAAACCGCCCUGCACCUCGCCGUCGCCGCUGACAACAUCCCGGUGAUUGAUGCCCUCCUUGAUGACCUCCAGACCCCCUCAGAUGCGAUCGACCAGGACUUCCGGAUGCCCCUCCACUACGCGGCUGAUUUUGGGAACAUCACUGCGAUAGAGCGGCUACAGGCGAGAGGCGCCAGAGAUGGAAAGGACAAUUUCGGCGUCUCGUGUGCGCAUUACGCUGCCCAGAACAGCGCCAAGGCGAUGGCACUGCUGAUGAGGAACGCGAAGGGGCAAAUAAAGGAGGUGAAAGACCGUGAGAAUCGCAGCUGCUUCAUGUGGGCCGUCGUCGCCGGAAAUGUGGACGCCGUCGAGUUUUUGCUGCAAAACUGCCAGCCGGCCAGGAACGAGCUGGACAGCCACGGCCUGACAGCGCUCCACCUGGCCGCCCUGAUGGGAAAUGAGCGGAUGUGCAAGCUGCUGGUGAAGCAGGGAUGGCAACUCGCCGGUGGCGACAAAAACUUUGCGACGCCGAUGCAUCUGGCGGCCGGCAGGGGCCAUACGGAUGUGGUGUCGUGUCUCGUGACCGCUGGCGCGGACAUGAAGGCGACAGAUUUUAUGGAGAGAACGGCCAUCUUCCCGGCGUGUUUCGGCGGUCAGGCUCACACCUUGUACGUGAUGAUACGCGAGCUGGGCUUCGAGUGGCGCACCACUGUCGAUAAUCAGGUUCGCCCUAUUGCCGACGCGAUGGGCCGCACGCCACUGCACGCGGCCGCCUACGCCGGCUUCUCCCACUGCAUCACACAGAUGCUGAAGAUCGAAGAAGAGGACGCGACAUCGCUCUGUAUUCCCCUUGUUGGUGCCGUUGAUCAUAAUGGGGAGACGGCGCUUCAUGUGGCCGCCACCCGGGGCCGCCUCGACUGUGUGCUCGUGCUCCUCAACAAUGGGGCAGCCAUUAAUGCGCUGGACAACCAGCUGCGGACACCGUGGAAAUGCGCCGAGGAUGCAAAACAGAAAGCGGUGAGCGACCACUUGAGACACGAAGGAGCCCUCAACUACGAAGAACUCAGCGAACUCGCCAAGCUCAUCAUUGGCAAAUGGCUUUACCGAAUUAUUGCCCCGGCCGCCCGUCUGACGCUGAUGCUGAACGACACGGAGUGUGGCGUACACCGCAAUACUACGAGCGACCUCGAGAAGCACAUCAAGCGAUACCCAAGCUCGUUGCACUGCAAGGAUCACAGGAAUCGCACCCCGCUCUUCCACGCGGCACUGACGGAUCGCGAGAAGAAUGCCCAACUUCUCAUCAAAAAGGGCCUGACGUGGUGGGACGAGGAUUCGACGGGGGCCACGCCCCUCCACUGGGCCGUUCACGCCGGAGCCACGCGCAUUAUUCGGCUCAUCCUCCAUCACCAGCACACGCCUACGGGAAUGCACCCGUGCCUGCAAAAGGAUAAAGAUGGGGUGACGCCAGUCCAUAUUGCCGCCAGAAGACCCUCGGAUAAGGUGUUGAAGAUGCUAGUCGACGCGCUCUCCUCUGAAGGCAAAAUCAUGGACGGGCGGGCGCUUCUCGAUGGAAAGGACCGAUCGCCCCUUCAUUAUGCCGCUGCCGCCUGCAGCUUCCAGUGCUGCCAAUUUCUCAUUGAUUCGCCCGUGCUGAACCUGCUCGUCGACCAGAAGGACGUCUACAAGCAGACACCGUUGAUGUGUGCCGCCGGGGUCAGAUUGCCACAGGCUGUAAACGUCGUCCUUCUUCUUGGCCGUCGAAAACCUGUCGCCGUCUCCGCUCGAGCUGUUGAUGGCCAAACCGCCCUGCACCUCGCCGUCGCCGCUGACAACAUCCCGGUGAUUGAUGCCCUCCUUGAUGACCUCCAGACCCCCUCAGAUGCGAUCGACCAGGACUUCCGGAUGCCCCUCCACUACGCGGCUGAUUUUGGGAACAUCACUGCGAUAGAGCGGCUACAGGCGAGAGGCGCCAGAGAUGGAAAGGACAAUUUCGGCGUCUCGUGUGCGCAUUACGCUGCCCAGAACAGCGCCAAGGCGAUGGCACUGCUGAUGAGGAACGCGAAGGGGCAAAUAAAGGAGGUGAAAGACCGUGAGAAUCGCAGUUGCUUCAUGUGGGCCGUCGUCGCCGGAAAUGUGGACGCCGUCGAGUUUUUGCUGCAAAACUGCCAGCCGGCCAGGAACGAGCUGGACAGCCACGGCCUGACAGCGCUCCACCUGGCCGCCCUGAUGGGAAAUGAGCGGAUGUGCAAGCUGCUGGUGAAGCAGGGAUGGCAACUCGCCGGUGGCGACAAAAACUUUGCGACGCCGAUGCAUCUGGCGGCCGGCAGGGGCCAUACGGAUGUGGUGUCGUGUCUCGUGACCGCUGGCGCGGACAUGAAGGCGACAGAUUUUAUGGAGAGAACGGCCAUCUUCCCGGCGUGUUUCGGCGGUCAGGCUCACACCUUGUACGUGAUGAUACGCGAGCUGGGCUUCGAGUGGCGCACCACUGUCGAUAAUCAGGUUCGCCCUAUUGCCGACGCGAUGGGCCGCACGCCACUGCACGCGGCCGCCUACGCCGGCUUCUCCCACUGCAUCACACAGAUGCUGAAGAUCGAAGAAGAGGACGCGACAUCGCUCUGUAUUCCCCUUGUUGGUGCCGUUGAUCAUAAUGGGGAGACGGCGCUUCAUGUGGCCGCCACCCGGGGCCGCCUCGACUGUGUGCUCGUGCUCCUCAACAAUGGGGCAGCCAUUAAUGCGCUGGACAACCAGCUGCGGACACCGUGGAAAUGCGCCGAGGAUGCAAAACAGAAAGCGGUGAGCGACCACUUGAGACACGAAGGAGCCCUCAACUACGAAGAACUCAGCGAACUCGCCAAGCUCAUCAUUGGCAAAUGGCUUUACCGAAUUAUUGCCCCGGCCGCCCGUCUGACGCUGAUGCUGAACGACACGGAGUGUGGCGUACACCGCAAUACUACGGACCCGGCUACCGUAGCCUCCGACGUAUAUACCGUACGCCUGGUCGUCUCGUUCUCGUUUUCCGCCCUCACCGAAGACGAUCGAAUAUUCCAACUGCGAUGCGUCCAUCAUCGUGGAGGAGAGCGAAAAGAUGUGCGAUCGAUGCAGGCAUUCUACGAUGCACAAGACGUCGUGCGGCAUCAGCUGCUCACCUCUUCUGAUGCCCCAAAAUGCCACUACUCGCUACACCUCAAUACGCUCGAUGGCGGGGCGGUGAAUAACGCGAAAGUUGGCGAUAUGAUAUUCCACCGUUGGGAGUGCGGGAAAAGCGGCGAUUUCCGGUUCCGCGUCUACCGCUGCUUCGUCCACAAUGGCCAUCGGCAGUCAUUUAUGCUCGUCGACGACAAUGGGUGUUCUCUGGACGAGACGAUCCUCCCCCACCCAAAAUACGACGAGACCAAUGGUGUCAUCUACGCGCCGGCAAAGGCGUUUCGAUUUUCCCGCACGAAACGCGUCCACUUCAACUGUCUGCUGCAGGUGUGCGCGCGAGCCGACGCGGAAUGCGCAAAGAGUAUCCCGCCCCAUUGCCCGCGCAGCCAGCAGAAGCGGGAUUUGCCGAAGAAUCUGACGAUCGAGGAGCGACUGAUGCGAAUCGGUCAGCCGAUAGAUGGAAAAUUGGCGGCGAUGGACGCGACGAGGGAUUUCGAUGGAUUGAGCAGCGAAAUUCAGCCGAAAAGGGGUGAUCAAAAGGCGGAAGGGCUGGACACGAUGGUGGAGAAGCGGAACACGCCGAUGGACGGCGUCGUCGCCAUCGAGGACAAUCUACUCGCCACCGGGCCAGUGACCGGCAACGACGGCGUCACGGCCAAGCGGCUGACCAACGGGCCGACGACGGCGAAGAGACGCUGCCCAAGCGAAACCUACGACCGCCCCCCACACCACAUCUCGACCGCCCCGCGAAGGCCCAUCAAGGAAUCGUGGAGGACAACUGACGGCCGAGACCGAUGGAAAGAUGCUGGCGUUGAGGGCGCG